UCUUUUAUCUUUAUUUUACCGUUCUCAAAGUCAUAUUUGCAUGGUCGAGUUUGUGAACCUAAAUUUGUUGCAACUUUUUCAGGUCAGGGGUUUUUGUAUGCGACCUUUAUAAUUAGCUAUAGAGAGAAAAUAAGCAUAACGUCGAUGCUGGUUUCUCAGUUGGCUAGCUACAGAGUUAACGUUACACGUUUCGAGUUGCUAGCUACAUAUUCAGUAAAGAGCAAGAUAUCUUCACGGUCACACAGUGUCAAGCAUUAACGUUAGCUAUAAUUUAUCACAUUAUGCCUGUUGUAGGUCUGUAGGUCCCGCACUCUGAUUCACUUAUCCAAACUCAAGUAGCUAAACUACAGCACAUUUUGAGAGAUGGCGGCUCCCAGAAAGAUAGCAUUGUUUCGCCUGCCUCCCCUGCCCACCAUUGGGGAGGUAAUCAAGCUGUACAACCUGAGAGCAUUGAAACAGCUGUCCCAGAACUUUCUGCUGGACAUGAGGCUCACAGAUAAGAUUGUACGCCAGGCAGGCAGUCUGAGGGACGCCCAUGUGUGUGAGGUGGGUCCAGGACCUGGAGGGCUGACCCGCUCCAUCCUCAAUGCUGGGGCUGCAGACCUGCUGGUGGUGGAGAAGGACAACCGCUUCAUACCCGGACUAAACCUUUUGUCUGAAGCGGCACCAGGGAAGCUCAGGGUUGUCCAUGGUGAUAUACUCACGUACAGAAUGGACCGAGGAUUCCCAAAAGUCAUAACCAAGGCAUGGGAGGAUGAUCCACCGGACCUGCAUAUCAUUGGGAACCUUCCCUCCAGUGUGUCCACUCCUCUCAUCAUCAAGUGGCUGGAGAACAUAUCCAACAGAACUGGACCCUUUGUUUACGGCCGGACCAGACUGACCCUUACCUUUCAGAAGGAGGUGGCAGAGAGGUUGACAGCCAGCACAGCCAGCAGGCAGAGGAGUCGUCUGUCCAUCAUGGCCCAGUACCUCUGUGCUGUCAAGAGCUGCUUCGCCAUCCCAGGACGGGCCUUCAUCCCCAAACCUGAGAUCCCAACACAUUCAGGACAAGUUGUUCUGCAGAGAGGAAGAGGAGAGCAGAAGAGCCACAGACACCAGAGGAACAAUGCUAUAUGUGUAUGAGAAAAUGCCAGACAGUCUAUUUGUAACAGCCUGACAACAUGUUUGUAACCAGCUAAUAGUUCCAAUGUGUGAUCCCAAGGGAUUUAAAGUUACUGUAUGUUACUGCUCAGAUGGUGUGUAUUUCUACUAUUCACUCCUCACAUUCACAUACACACUGAUUCUGAGUUUCCAUCAGAUUUACCUCAGUGUUUUACCCAAAAGGCUAAACUUUUGUUUCCAUCUCCAUGGACCGGCACCCAUGUCUCACUGGGCCAUGGCCUCAGAGGACCUGCUCUGAGUUGGGGCCGAAGCCUGGACACCGGCACUUUUCAGGUGCCAUUUAACUGUGAACAUGGGUUAUGGGUUAACCUUUGUAUGGUUGACACCUUCUCACAAAGCAACUGUCUUGAUGAUGCAGAGGUUGUUGAU